UAGUAAAAAUACAAGCUUUGGAAGGAAUGCCGUAACCGAACACAUGCCCAUGUCAGACCAUAGAUGCCAUCUUUCACUGUCUUCCUGAUUAGCCUCUUCUUGGCCUCAGUCAUGAAGGUACUACUGUACUCCAGUUGACCGAUGGAAUGCCCCAGCUAAGUUUCACACUAGGGGAGGUCUUCAGUCUUCAGUCUUCAGUCUUCAUCUUCGCACAGCUUGAGACUGGUGCUGUCUGUGGCUCUGUGGAAAUUAAGAUGGGAGAGACAGCUGCUUCUGGUGCUGCACUUGAGGUCUCGGUUUCGUUCGGUAGGUUCGAGAAUGAUUCCCUCUCUUGGGAGAAAUGGUCAACUUUCUCGCCAAACAAGUACUUGGAAGAAGUCGAGAAGUGUGCAACCCCUGGAUCUGUUGCUGAGAAGAAAGCCUACUUCGAGGCUCAUUAUAGGAAGAUUGCUGCCCGGAAGGCCGAGCAGAUGGAACAGGAGAAGCAGGUGCAAAGUGGACUUUGCAGAUCUGAUGCUGACCAGGGUCAAGGAGAUCUUGUUAGGAACGCCGGUGACGCUGAUUACGAGGUCGAUAGGCCUGCAGAACUGAAUUUUGAUAGAGGAAUGGAGCAAGAGCAUUUUGAUAGAGCAAUGGAGCAAGAGAUGGAGCCAAAUGAGGAUGAUCUGAUCACGAUCGAGUGUAAUAGCUUCUCAGCAGAACCUGAAAGAGUGCAAGAAGAACCACGAAGAAGUGAAGAUAAAACCAACUAUGAAUCAGAAGAUGAAAAUGUAAAGAAGGAAGUUCAAGAACGGGAAGUCAUGCCUCCGGCUACUAUUACUUCUGCUGAGUCUCAAAGUCAACUUCAAGAAGAUGCAAGUCAACGUCAGGAAAAUACCAAUAUUGAGAUGGAAAGCAAUGCAGUCCUUCAAGAGGAAAAUGCACAGUUGAAUCCCCCAAGGAAUACUCAAAAGAAUAUUAAAGCGAGCAAGGAGAGGGACGCACCAAAGAUAAGGAAGAAACCAACGUCGCCAUUGCUGAAAUCGCCACAAAUCACCACACCUAAAGUGUCGAAGCCAAUCUCAGUUUCCUCUACAGCCUCUACUUUAUGUUCUUCCACAAGGUUGAGGACUGUUCAGUCCACACCAAGGAGUAAGAACCUGAACACACCUUCCACGGACAGCAGCAAGAAAGUGGCUCCUAAAUCUUUGCACAUGUCUGCUAGCCCAAGACCUGCAAAUUCUCCAGCAUCUGCUCCUACCUCAACCAGGAAAUCUUUUAUCAUGGAAAGCAUGGGCGAUAAGGACAUUGUUAAGAGAGCAUUUAAGAUGUUUCAGAGCAAUGUUGGGAAAGUGGAUCCUCCUGUUGAUGAAAAAUCUCCAGUGUCCAAACAGGUGCCUUCCAGGAGGACUGAGCUAAGCACUUCCCAUUCUGUUGUUGCCCGAAAAGAAAAUGGAGGAGCAAGAGCAGGAUCUGCGGUGCAAAGAGGUACCAAGGCUGCGCCAACUUCCUUUGGGUUUAGGAGUAAUGAAAAGCCAAGAGAGGUUCCACAACCUGUGAAGAAGUUGCAGAAGAAACCUAAUGCCAAAGCGCGAGAGCAAACAAACAUCCACUUGAAAGCAAAGGAGGAAAAGGAGGCAGAGAUUAAAACAAUAAGACAGGGUCGCGACGUCAAAGCAGCAUCUGCACUAGCUUCUGAGCAAAAGAGUAAAUUGAAGAGCAACCUUGAUAAAGGACGGUUCCAAGGCUGAAAUGCAUUGCUCAUUCUAACGCCCUUGGGAAUAAAAUAUGCCGAAUUCUCAUUGAACCUGAGUUGUAGCAGGGAGGUGCUUAAUAUGGACACCUAACUCAUACAGAGAGAUGUUUGUCUAUGGGGUUACUCUCCAGAAUGGGCUCAGUUCAUAAUCACAGUCUAGAGAUGGCUUCAAGAAUUCAUUUGUCAAGUGCAGAGGAUACGUCCCAAUGUAAUCGUCAGUUUUGUCUCGAUAAUGUGCGGGUGUGAGAUUUAGGUAGAACCUGGUAUUUGUCAUUGUUCUCUGGUCGAAGUUCUUCUCGUUAGACAGACUAGGAAUUAAAGAGGAAGUCAACUUUUGUAGGAAGAUAUUGCAAAUUCCAUCACUUAGGGCUAGAGGUUUGUAUGUAUUAUCAUGAAAGUGUAUGGUAUCGAUGGAAAUAAAUUUCAGAAAACAUGUAUGGUAAUGUCAGAAUCGAGACUGUACAUUUAAUCCCACUCAUUGUGCGCAUAAUACAAUGUACUAUCACCUAGAAA